GUCUGUACCUAUAUCCUCUCUCUAUUUCACAGAUGUCGCUGGGGUAGUGAACCCGAUCCAACCCUGAAGAGCUCAGGAGAGGAAGGGAAGCCUUCUAUUUGAGAAGAUUUUGCUCCCGAUGGGCACAGGAAAAGACAUUGCCUGCCAUGCUUGGAAUUUGGAUCCUCUUCUUAAUCGCACCUCUGGGCAUCUGGAGUAUCGAAGGAGAAAACCCCUGUAAAACACAACUUCGUGUUCAGAGGGAGUCAAUGCAGAACGUCUAUGCAGGGGAUCCAUUUCAACUGGAAUGCCCUGUGGUAUACUGCGCUGAGAGACCUAACGUGACCUGGUGCAAGUUCAAAGAAACCCAGUGUUUGCCUCUGGGGGCUAGCCAACGGUUACACAUGAAAUGGGAAGACAGACAGAAUAUUGCUGUUUUUAUUCUACAUUUUGAUCGAGCAGUGGCUAGUGACAAUGGAUCAUACCACUGUUUUUUGAAUGUUUCAUCUGUACUCAUUGAAAGUCACUCAAUAGCUGUUAAUGUGAAUGAAUCGACUCGAAAUAACUCAGAACAUCCUCUAAUAAAUACAACCAGUGCUGCAGGACCACCCUUCAAGAAGGAGGUGGAGGACACACCAUUGGUCCUUUAUUGUUUGCUUCCUUUGGGAGGAUUGCUUCUACUCGUUACCUGUUUCUACCUAUUCUGCUGCCUGAAAAGGCACCAAGGGGAACAAAAGGAGCCUUCUAAUACACCAGAAAGAAGAAAUAACCCGGUUGAUGUUUCUUGGCCCUUUAGAAGUGAGCAAAUUGAAGUGGGCACAAGACAAAAUCCCCAAACACUGCCAUCAGAAACUGAUGUUUAUGAUAAUGACCCCUGGGUCAGUGUCCAGGAAGAGUCUGGGGUUUAUUCUAACCCACGUCUGGAGGAAAACAAACAGGGCAUUGUUUAUGCUUCGCUGAACCACUCUGUCAUUGAAAUGAACUCAAGGCAGGCAAGAAAUGUGAAAGAAGCACCUACAGAAUAUGCAGCCAUAUGUGUGAGGAGUUAAUUCUCGUCCCGCUCUCCCACCAGUGGUCACUGGAUGAUCAGCAUGUCCAUCCCAUUACUUGAGACCUACAGAAUGUCAAAUGAUAUUCCUUGACCUGAGAAGAUUCACUUUCAGGGGGGUCAUGUUGGAGCUUGGAUCUUAAAGGUCAGUGGGACAAAUGACUAAGUUCUGCCACAAAAUUUUUUUGGAGGAUUUUAUAUUAUUGCCAUGAACAACAUCUCCUCUCCAAAACUGAGUGAUAUCAUGAAUAGCAGUGUAGUAGAACAUUUAAACUUAGCUACAUUUUACCCAAUAUAUAAAAUCAAUAUUUUCUUUGGAGCUAUCAGAAACACAUGUAGGGAAGAGAGAGAUGUGUUAUCUGCAUCAGUUCACUACACACUCUUGAAAAAGAAUGUCCAAUUUAACUAACCAUAAAUAUGGAAAGGAUAGUAUGUUUAUUUCCAGUCAAUCUUUGAUAAUAAGAAAUUUUCCUCUGUCAAACUAAUGUUGAGGUUUCUUAUAUGUAAAAGAGAAAUCAUUUUAGACUUGAUGAUACAAGAAAGUAAUGAAAAGAAUAAAUCGUGCAAUAAAGAUGUGGAAUAUACCAACUAGAUGUGGGUAGAUGUUCCCAACACCGGAGAAAAAAAUGCUUCUAUCCACCCUGUUAGAUUGCAAAGCAAAUAUCUGUGGUGAUGGAGCAUUUAAUGUAUGGUGCAUUUAUAAACAAUGUGGUGACUCACUGUUUGGGUUACAAAGUCUAGUAUAUAUGAAUUGACAUUAUGCUGCUGCUGAAUUAAUAUACUUGCGGGUGUCUGAAUAAACAUAAAAAUCAGUGAGAAUAGUUUUCAUCAGGCAGGUGACUACUGAUGGCUUAAACUGCUUUAUGGUUGACCUGAUGUCAAACUUAAAGCACAAUUAGUUGAAUGGAGAAAAGUCCAGAAUAUUUAGUUGGCCAGUAUGGGUUAAGAUAUUUUCAGUCACCACAUCUGUAUCUUGCUGUUCUUCUUAGUAAGGAAUCAGGGCAAAUCAUACAUAGUAUGAGCUUGAUAACCAUUUGUUUUAAAUAUGGGGGUUGCAGCCACUUAAAAGUAUAGCAAGCAUUUAUGAUUUCAGUUUUCUGAAUUUCCAGAAUACUUGAGUCUAAUUAUUUCAAAAAAUAGCCUGAAACUUCAUUCAACAGUUUCAGGCUAUCAGAGUUCUUGGGUGCUGCUACUAAAUAAUGCAACAGACCUCAUACAGCGCGGACAACAGAGGUUAGAAUCCAUUUGAACAAAUACACGAGCUGCUGCACAAAUGAAUGUGAAGGUGUGUGUGUGUGUGUGUGUGUGUGUGUGUGUGUAUGUAUUAGUGUCUAGAAAGAAAGGUGGGUCACUUAGAGAAAUGGUAAAAGAGAAGCUGACAAAAGUGACAUACCAUUUCAGUUUGCUAAAGAAACUCAGAAAACUAGAGCAAAUGAGUUAUUAAAGAAAAUGUAUGAAAAUAAUGUAUGAAAUUAUGGAGAUAUGCAUAUGACAUCCCAUAAAAGUUUUUGUCCUAAAAAGACUAAAAAGAUUUUGUGGUGGAGCAUUUCUUAUGUAACACUGGUGUUAAAAUUUUAACCCUUAGAUUGGGGUGGUGGGUAUUGUUUUAGAGUCAUUGUUAUCCACCCAGUAUAAUAUCAUUGCUCCUAGAAAUUUGAGCAACCAAUUUGUGUAAUUUUCUUUUCAGCCAAGCUGCAUUUACAGGAAACUUAUGUACAAAAGAUAAAUUAGAAUAGCUUGCGGUAUUCUUAAAAAUAGAAACAGGAAGAACAGGGAGGAUGCACGUAGCUGUCCUUAUCAGAUAAACACACAAAGCUGAACAGUUCCUUCAUAAUGAGU